GCAUCUUUUUGCCUCUCCAUAUGGGCGGUUGGACUUUUCUGUAGCCGUUGCCUUCCUUCUUCUUACAAGAAUCUCCUGAAGUACCCAGCUCCAUGAACGCAGCACCCGAACCAUGUUGAAGCUCCGACUGCUUCGGCUCGCCGCAGUUGCUCCCCCCAUCUUCCCUCGCCAACCCAUUGCCGCCAACAGCUUCUCGAUCGCGCCCCAUCAGCCUCCGCCUCACUUCAGCCUCCGCCUCCGCGCUUCCCGGCGCGUCUCCGAUUUCCCUCAGGGAGGUGGCGGGGAUUUGGUGGGUGGCGCCCGGAACUGGAGCCGCGCCAUCGAAUCGGUGUACGGCGGCGGUCGGGAGGAAUACGACGGCGGGGACGGCGGCGACGAGGAAGAGGAUCGGAGCUUGGAUCUUUUGGUUAGGUUUGUUCAAAACGUGUUCAGGAAGGUCUCCAGGAGGGCGAGGAAGGCCGUGCGAUCGGUUCUGCCUGUUUCGAUUUCGACCCAAUUGGUCAGCUUUUCCGUGAAUGGAGUCCUGAUUUUGGCAUUUCUGUGGGUCUUGAAGGCAUUUCUGGAGGGAAGUGUCCUUGUGCCUCUGAUAGGGAGUAUACAGUCGAUAAAUGCUGAGCUGAACUGUUCUUUGUGGAUUCUUAAUGCAAGGAAAUUGCGAUCUUGAAUAAUUUGAUAAGGUUGAAUAUUGUCCACAAAAUCUGUUGGAAACCAUAAGCAUUCGUAGGAUUGCUGAUGUCAAUAUUAGGGUUUUGUUCUCGUUUCAUGGACUAGAUUUGUUUUCUUCAAGUUAGUUGGCACUGGGGCUUGGUUUUACUGGACUGCUCUUACAUCAUCUUUGUCCUUCUCCCCUCGUCAGUGGCCAAUGGUGCUGUUUUUUUCUUGAGGAUUGCUAUUGUACUUCAUCCUACAUCGUGUGUUUCUUUCGUAAUUUGCGACCUGA